GCCCUCCUCCCCCUGUCUCCCCCCUGUGUGCCUCAUCAAAGCGCUGCCUUCGCGUUGAAAAACAUUUUUUUGAGGAGUUUUGAUUUGCAGCGACGUGUUCACUCCACUGUCAUUAUCACAAUAAUGAUUAUGACAGGAUGCAAUGGCUGCUUGAUAACAUAUUCUGCUGAUUUAUAAUAUUGGGUAUUUUUGUCGCCGCGUCCUUCUGUUGUCUGAUUGCCAUUCAUCUCAUUAAAUGGAGCAGUUCAUUAGACAGAAACGUUAUGAGUCUCAUUUGAAUUCUCAGCCACAUUCACAUUGCAUACAUUGGUUAAAAAAACACACACGCGUGACAUUUGGGCUCCAACAGGCAUCUGAGAAGACAGAGACAGAUGAAUAUGUAUUUACCAUCGCCAUCACCUCAAGCCCCGCCUUCCUCCCCCACCUCCCUCACUUGUUCCAAAAGCUACUCUGGAAAUGAUAAAGUGUGAAUCACAGGUGAACUCUCCUACGCCUUUGCCUUUGUCUUUGCACUUUCAAUGUCAAUAUUUGCAUAUCUAAUUCAAGAGCAGCGUUCGAGCAGCUGACACCUUUUUUUUUUUUUUUUUUACUGCAUUUGCUUAAAUCAGAAGGCUGUAGUUUUGCAGCUCCUUCGCAUUUAAAGCCCUGUUUAGCUGUGGUAUAUCCUGAAGAGCAAACCUGACGGCAGGGGGGCUCCAGGAAGGAUCUGCCAGAUGGAAACAGAAGGAACUGAUGAGGAUUAGCAAAGAUCCAACAUUUGACACGGUCUCUGCAUAUGAAGCAGUUUGUCUAGCUUCAAUACGAACCCACUGUUGGAUCUCCAAUCCUUCUCAAGACUUAACAAGUUUAUUAUCUGGGAAACAUCAUUCACAGCUGUGAAUAUAAAAUCAUUUACUCACCCUUCAAUAUAUUAAAAACCUGUCGGUUAUUUUUAAAUCUAACAUCGUAUAGAGGACAUACAGAGCUGUGAGGUCAUUCAAUUUAUUGGUCGUAGUGAGCUAACUUGCUAACAGCUAAUCGUUCUUAAGGAACGUUCUGGAACUGCCUAUUACAUGUGAAUAACUGCGGUAUAAAAGAGCGGCGUUAAAGGAACCUCUGUUCACAAAUCAUUCGCCCUCCCGUGCUUUUGUACUACAACAAGGACAGCGGUCCAAUCAAACUGUUGUGCUUCAGCUGAAGGUUAGGCAUCACUGUGCAUGUAAACGUACUGUAUGUUAUUUCUGGUUCAGAUCAUAUCGCUGCACACGUUGGCCCACAGCUGACCUGAACAUCAUUAUUCUGAUGAGAUGUAAUUCUUUUUUCCUUUGGGGCCUUGCCUGUCAAUCUGUGUGUUUAACGGCUAUAUCUGAGAGCCUUCGUACGCCUGUGAUGUUUCAUCGUCCCGAUUCAUCCCCACAUGACUAAACUGUGCGUAUGCACGUCUCCGUGUGUGCGUUUCUCAUGCAGUGCGGUGAGGGGCCGAUGAAGGGCUGUAGCCCCCGUCCGCUGAGCUGAGACAGGAGAAGCAGCAGAAAAUGCAGUGGGUCACUCUGGCUGUGGCCCUAGGGUGUGUGUGCGUGUCACAGGCAUCGCACAGCCCCACCCCUACACCCACCUCCACACACACACCGCUGGUGGACAACUCUGAGGAGGAAGUGGACGAGCCCUGCUUCGAGCCGUGCACGUGUGAGGUCAAGGAAGGAGUGCUGCACGUGCACUGUGACGGACGUGGCUUCACCAAUGGCAGCCAGGUGUCACAGUCAUGGGUCCGCCCUUUCAAACUCAACCUCCAAAGGAACUCUCUGAGGCGUCUCUAUAGCAACGGGUUCCAGCACCUCGGCAAUGCAGUGUCGAUAAACCUGGGCAACAAUGCCCUCCAGGACAUCCGAGUCGGGGCUUUCCACGGACUGGCCAAAUUGAGACGGCUGUACCUCCACGAGAACAAGCUGGAGGUCUUCAGAAAUGACACCUUCCUGGGUUUAGAGGCUCUGGAAUACCUCCAGGCCGACUACAACGUGAUCAAACGAAUUGACAGCGGUGCUCUGAGGUUCCUCUUCAAGCUCCGUGUUCUAAUCCUCAAUGACAACCUGAUCCCUGUCUUACCUGCUCAUCUGUUCAGAUCUGUGUCUCUGACUCAUCUGGACCUGCGGGGAAACCGUUUGAAGAGCCUGGCAUAUGCUGGGACUCUGGAGUACAUCGGUCGAUCCCUGAUGGAGCUGCAGCUGGAGGAAAAUCCGUGGAACUGUGGCUGCGAGGCGCUGCAGCUGCAGCAGUGGUUGGGUCAGAUCCCCUACACUGCUGUGGUCGGGGACGUGACUUGUGAAUAUCCCUUCCACCUACACGGCAAAGACAUACGAGAAAUCCCCAGAAAGGAACUAUGUGCUGAGCUGCCAGAUAAAGAGCUGCAAGGAGAGAGCAGCAGCACCUCCGCUGGAUCUCAGCCUCAACAUUCGCCCCCUAACUCUAAAUCCAAGUCUCACCCCGGGCGGGUAAGGCCGACCAAACCGUCCUCCAUGGUGCACGGCUCUCGGCAGAACACUCAUACUUCCUCCACUUCUUCCUCGUCUUCCUCAGUAGAGCGUAAAGACAGAGAGAGGCAACAGAAGCCCACCAAAAAGCCCAGACCCUCUAAAAUAUCCCCCACACCUCGCAGCCUGAUGCCAAAUCCCCCUGUAGCUGGCUACCAAACACGUCCGCCCAUCCCCAUCAUCUGCCCCCUGGGCUGCACAUGCAAUCUGCACAUCACAGACCUGGGUCUGACUGUCAACUGCAAGGAGAACGGCUUCCAAAACGUGUCUCAGCUCACACCGCGGCCCCUCAACGGCCGCAAACUCUACCUGAGCGGAAACCUAAUCCAGAGGAUCUACCGCACAGACUUCUGGAAUUUCUCCAGCCUUGACUUGCUCCACCUGGGAAACAAUCGAAUCUCCUACCUUCAGGAGGGGGCUUUCUCCAGCCUGCCCAGCCUGAGGAGUCUUUAUCUGAACGGGAACAACCUGGAACGUCUCAGCCCUCAUGUAUUCCUGGGGCUACAGAACCUCAGAUUUCUUUAUUUCGAGUAUAAUGAGAUCCACGUGAUCGACCCCGGGACCUUCGACACAAUGCCGUCUCUGCAGCUGCUGUUUCUCAACGCCAACUUGCUGCGGAGCCUCCCUCUGGGCGUGUUUUCAGGAGUUAAUCUGGCUCGACUCAAUCUGAGAAACAAUCACCUCCUGCAUCUUCCUAUGGAGGGCGUCCUGGAGCAUUUGACUGGACUGGUACAGGUGGACCUGCAGCAGAACCCAUGGGAAUGCAACUGCGAGGCAGCGCCGCUCAAGCGUUGGUUGGAGGGACUCAGCGCCGUGGUGGUGGUGGGAGAGGUGGUCUGCCACUCCCCGGAGAAGACCAAGGGAGUCGAUCUCCGCUCCAUCUCCAUGGAGCUGCUGUGCCCCGAGCUGGAGGCCCAGGAGGAGCAAGAAAAGGAGCAGCAGCAGCAGCAGGAGGAGCAGACAGCCACCUCCACAGCCACUGCAGACAGAGGCAUAUCAGCCGAGUACCCCGGCACAGGGAUUGGCCCUGUGAUCCCCCCAGGGAAGGAUUCAAUCCCCCUGUCGGUGCUGGUGCUCAGUCUGCUGGUGCUUUUUGUCUCGGCGUUCUUUGCAGCGGCGGCACUAAUCGCCUACGCCCUAAGGAGGAGGGACAAGCUGCCCUUCCGUCGCCAGGGAGAGGUGGAUUUUGCCGGCAUCCAGAGGGAGUGGGGGAUAUUUACGGAGCAGACACACCAUCACCACCACCACCACCACCAUCACCCGCAGCACCAGCAGCAGCACCAUCACCACGGCCUUCCAAAGACUCCACCUUUACCUGGGCCAGAACACAACCACGUCUACGACACCAUCCUACCCCCGGAGGCCGGGGCCAAAGGCGCAAACUGCUCUGCCGCUCCGCACUUGUGCAGUAGCACCAUCUACAAGGAAGACCAGGAGAAGGCGGCGACCCAGCGGCCACAGAGCGAGGAAAAGGAGCAGCAGCAGCAGCAGGAGGAGCAGACAGCCACCUCCACAAGCGAGGGUGGAUACUGCUCUGCAGCGGACAAGGACAGGGACUGGACUCUGGAGGUGACCUCGUCACCCAUCAACACCGUCACGGGAGCGAUGGGGCCUCUGGUCGGCCUUCACGGCAACGGCAUCCUCUGCCCCACAGUCAUAGACAGCCAGGGCCCGACUCCUAAAGUGGAACUGGUGGACUGUCUCUUUAGACUCCCCGCGGAUCGGUACACGAGGCCCCCGCCACGGUACCCACACCCCCAAGACUCCAAACAACAGGACAGCAGAGCCGGUGGGGACCCGGUGCUUGUGGUCACCACCGUCGGCUCCACAGCGAGUGCAGGAGCUGGAGGUGUUGGAGGUCAGGGUGCAGCGGAGCAGCAGACCCGACUGAGGACCACACCAGACUAUAUGGAGGUGCUGGAACGUUCCUACCAGUUCUAACACAGUUCCUCCCUUUUCUCCUUCCUCUACUCCUUUUACUCCCUCGUCUCCUGUCUCCUCAUCACCACCACCAUCAUCGCCCUCCUGGGUGAUGAAUCAUCCACUAACAAUGACUCCUGUACAAAGGCUGGCAUGACUUUCAGAGGAGCCUGUGGGGGAGCAGGACUACACUGCACACCAUGUUUAUUCCUGGAUAACGAGCUGAGGUCGGUUUUUACCUUUUUUUUUUUUUUUUUUCCUUCCACUGCUGGUGUAUAGGUUUGGCAAGGAUUUGCUGAUCCCAGAUCUUAGCCUGAAGGCAGAAAACCCUCAACUGCAGCUACUACAGUAUUAUAAAUGUAUUUUUUUUUCCUUCGUUGGUCCAACUCCACCAUUAUGGAAGAAGUGAAGGCUCUGUGUUUCUACUCAGUGAGCACUAGACAAUGUGCUGCCGGUGGGUGUUAAUGUUCAUGCUUUUACUCCUGAAAAACAAAGACCUGUGUGGAGAUCUUUGGAGCAUCAAACACCGAGUCACAGACUGUGACACUGGUGGGAUAACGUGGAGCGAGAGACCAGAGAGGUCAGAGAGACGUCGAUGAAGCGGUGAAGCAAAAGAUUAAUUACUGGGAAGAUUUAAAAAAAAAAAAAAAAAAAGCCAAGUGCCUUAGCAAUGAACAGCCAGCAGUGUGGUCAAUGCUUAUUUUUCUAUGAAUACAGAUCUAUUUAUCUAAACAAAGAGGUUUGACUACCAACAGAUGGGCCGAACAAAUGAUGGACGACUGAGACUACAGGAAGAACAAAACAAACAAAAAAAACAAAACAAUCAUUGCUGCCGCCGAGUAAUUGCAUUCCUUGGACGAGCCAAAAAAAAAAAAAAAAACAAGAAUAACGAUAGUAAUGAUGAUGAUCAUAUAUCCAGUCAGUGUUGGAGUCCUUUGUACGCAGUUGAGUUCAUUGUCAUCUCAUCCAGUUGAGUUCAUUUGUUGGAUUUUUUCUGUUAUCUUUUAUACAGAAAUGGACAAAAAGGAACUUCGUCACAAACUGGUACCAAUUUCAAAAUAAGCUCCUGGAAAUUCAUAUUUUUGUGAAAGCGAGACAAAAAAAUUUAAAAUAUAUGGAAGGCGGACGUACAGUACAGAAGGACACACGUGGCCAUGGAUGUUUUUGGAUUUUCCUAAUAUCAGCUCGACACAGCCACGGGGACCUCUGACCUACCAUGUUCUGUUUCAGGGGGAAUGAGGCAUCAAGGUUAUUAUUACUGUAUUGAUUUUUAAAUAUUUCUCAGAGGAAAAAUUGAAUGGCAAAAAGGACAAACAAUACGUGGACAUUGAAAAAAAAAACAUUUGGUUUUUUUUUUUUGUUUUGGUUUUUUUGGUCGAAAAACUAAACGACAGAGACAGAAACCUUGAAUCCACUUAUCGAUUAUCUUUUGCGGAGGUACCUUUUUAUGCUUUUAUCUCCUGACGAUAGUAGAGGCAGUUGUGAAUAUAUUUAUUCUUAGUUUUUGCGUGUUGAAGCUCUCCUUGUAAGGGAUCAUGUUAUAUUAAUGUAUAGGAUGAUUCUGCAUCUGGUUCAGCCUUCUUACCGCCGACCCCAAGAAAUACAAUAAAGGGUGCUACGUAAAAAAAAAAA